AUACUCUGCUGUCCGCCCCGAAGUGCAUUCAUUCUAAGCUGACACCGCGAUCUGAACCUGGACUCGACACAAGAACUGACUUCACACCCGCAUCAGCUGCACAUCAAUCCAGCCGAAUCACAAGAUGCCCCUGCAGAUUCUCAGCGCCGACCAUGUCAGCAAGAUCUUGCACUCUUUCACCAAAGACGGCAUACUCGAGUUGCAAGCUACACUCGCUGAUGCUCUGCAUUGGUAUAGCACAUCCGAAGACGGUAUCGACUGCUGCUCGGACUAUCAGCCCGAGAGAACGGCCUUGAAGCGCAAAGAUGGCUCCACAACUCUCUACUUGCCCGCGAGUGGCAUUACUGGACAAGGCGUCAAAGUGCUGAACAUAUUGCCGCCUGACAAUGCUGGAUUUCCUGCUCUAUCCGAGACUGCCUCUGAUGGAGACUCACGCAGCUCAAUCAGCUCGGGUGAUCGUAAUGCAUCGAUCGCCAGCACGCAGUCAGAGCGAUCAAGCACUUCAUCUGUGCCCACAUCAGUCACCAAAGUAACAGACAGCACCGGAAACCUAUCUCUCACUUCCAAGCCCGACCCGGAUCAGUCUGCCGUAUCGACAAUCAAAGGCUCACUCACAUUGCUGGAUAACGUUGGCAACACCGUCGGCCUCAUCAACGCUGAAGAAGUAACUGCUUUCCGCACGGCGCUCGCAUCAACAAUGCUCCUCAAAAAACGACACUCAGUCCAUGACCUAACCAUCUUCGGCGCCGGCAAACAAGCAUACUGGCACGCACGCCUCGCCUUACUGCUCCGCGGAGACGAAAUCCACCACUUGAACAUCGUAACAAGAAACUUCGACAGUGCCCGAAAGUGCGUAAUGAGAUUAUACAAUCCGCAACCAGACGAUCCGAACUAUAUCAACCACAUUGGCACAAAAUACAACAGCAAGACCAAAACCAGCAUUUUGACACCUUCACAUACGGAAUAUGGACGUUUAUUGAAAGAAUACGUCCGAGCUAGCAAUGUCAUCUUCUGCACGACACCUUCUACAACACCGCUAUUUCCUGGCUCGUACCUCACGAAUCCCGAAGGCCGAAAGAAAGGACGAUACAUAGCUUGCAUAGGCUCUUAUAAGUCCCAUAUGAUCGAGCUGGAUCCCACGAUUUUGCAAUACGCAGUUGCUCCGCAUCAUGAGCAUCGGCAUAUUCACAAGCGGCAGAAGGAAGGUGGCGCUAUUCUUGUCGAUACUGUGUCUGGGUGUUUGAAGAAUGCGGGCGAGGUUGUUCAGGCUAAGCUUAUGCCAGAUCAGGUUGUUGAGCUUGGAGAACUGUUUAUGCUAAAGCGUGAUGCUGAGCGGAGAGCGGCGGAGAGAGGGGAGAAAGUGGAUGUAGGGAAGGAUGGGUGUCAGUUGCAGGAGAAUUCGGGGUUGAAGGAGUGGCUUACCCGGGGUAAUGUCAUAUACAAGAGCGUUGGCCUAGGCUUGAUGGAUAUUGUGGUUGGCAACGAGCUUCUACGAGUGGGCAAGGAGAAGAACAUUGGACUGACUGUUGAGAAUUUUUGAUUUUCCUAGACGCUAAUCUGUGAGAAAGCGCCUCACAACAGUGACCAUAGUGGCACUCUCCAAAUCUCUCUGCUCGCGUCCAUGCCUAGGGUUUUCGCACUCGGUGCCCUAGCAUUUUCGCACAUAGCAGAGAAGACGUCCAGUGUCGCCAAUAUCAAUCUGUGAUCCAUCCUACCUUCUACCCAGGUGAAGCCUUUCCCACUCGUUCAUCUCUCAUCUCUCUCCGUCAAUACCAACCGCUGAGCCAACCAAGCGACCUCUCCCUCAUCACAUAAAAAGCCCCUUUCUCUUGGGACGACCCUUGACCUGGCAAUACUUGGGGCAACGAUCGUGCAUGCACGA